UGAAAAGUCUUCAGUGGAGUCUCCUUAAAUGCCCGCCCAAAAAUGCAGCACAGUUAGUUAGGUGUAUGCAGCAAUUGCCGAUCUCAUCAGUCAUCACAUCCCUUGGCUGAUUCACAAAGACUUCGUUGACCUCAAAACUCCAUAGCCACAACCUUCUUCCUCUCUUCUGGCUAAGUUCAAUCAAACUCAUUCUUGAGUCGAAGAAUUUCAUGUUUGAUAACUAAAUGAAUCCUCCAUCGAUGUCCCCUGUUUCGAUUCAUCAUACCCUCUUUUUCUUGCUGUUUCUAAUUCCACGUCCUUCUCUAGCCCAAGAGAACAUACCAGUUGGAUCUUCUCUAACCGCCACGAAUGGCAACUCUUCUUCAUGGCUCUCUCCUUCUGGAGACUUUGCAUUCGGCUUUCACUCCUUAUCCGACGGCGACACCAAGAAAAACCAGCUCUUCUUGCUUGCCAUCUGGUACAACAAGAUACCUUCUAAAACAAUCGUCUGGUUCGCAAAUGAAGACCGUCCUGCCCCCGAAAAUUCGAAGCUAACACUUGAUUCUGAUUCGGGUCUCGUCCUCACCAAUCCACAGGGUGGAGAGCUGUGGAAACCUGACACCGUCAUCGGCACCGUCUCACACGCUGUGCUCAAUGAUACAGGCAAUUUCAUGAUCCUGGACUCCAGUUCAGAUGUUAAAUGGCAGAGCUUCGACAAUCCUUGCGACACGUUGCUUCCGUCGCAAGUGCUCGGAAAGGGCAAAAGUCUCUCCUCCCGUCAAUCGGAGGAGAGCUUUUCCAGGGGGAGAUUCCAACUUCGGAUGCGCGAGAGUGGAGACCUCGUGCUUAACACUAUCAACCUGCCUUCCGACUAUGCCAACGAGGCUUAUUACAGCACCGGGACAGACGGCAGCUCUAAUGCGUCCACCGCGGGGAAAGAACUCGUGUUCAGCAACUCAGGUUCCCUGUUCGUCUCGAGAGCAAACGGCGAGAGGUUACUCCUCUCGCAGGGGGGCAUAUCUCCCGCGUCUGAUUCUUAUCACAGAGUCACCCUGAACUUUGAUGGGGUCCUUACUCAGUAUGUGCACCCCAAGAAUUCUGGUUCCAGCGGAAGCUGGGCAACGCUAUGGUCGCAACCUGAUGACAUAUGUGCCAAAGUUCAGGUACGUGAUGGAAUCGGCGUUUGUGGGUACAACAGCAUUUGCACUAUGGGUGAGAAUAAUAGGCCAAAAUGCGACUGCCCAGAAAAAUUCACCUUGCUCGAUCCCAGUGAUAAGUAUGGCAGUUGCAGGCCUAAUUUCACGCAGAGCUGUGCGGACGAUCAGGAAAGGACGAAGCUUGGUCCGAUGGAGGACCUGUACGGGUUCGAAGAACUCAUGAACACAGAUUGGCCAACCUCCGAUUAUGCACUAUUGCAGCCUUUCGGUGAAGAAGAGUGCCGGAACUCAUGCUUGCAUGACUGCAUGUGCGCGGUGGCGGUUUGGAGGGGCGGCCAGAGUUGCUGGAAGAAGAAGCUUCCGCUCUCCAAUGGGAAAAUUAACCCUACCCUCAAUGGGAAGGCCAUGAUCAAAGUCCCGAAGCGAGACUUUCGUCCUACUUACUUCCCGCUCCCGGAGCCGAAGGCAAGGGAUAAAGAGCCAAAAUCUUUGGUUUUGGUAGGAUCAGUGCUUUUGGGAUCUUCUGUUUUUGUGAAUUUUGUACUAUUCGGCGCUUGCAUGGUGUUUUUCCUAAUCUACCGCAAGCAACUCAAGAAAGUAUCCACGAAAGGGAAUGUGGUGGAGACGAAUUUGCGCCAUUUCACUUAUCAGGAGCUCUUCCGAGCCACGGAUGGGUUCAAGGAAGAGCUAGGGAGGGGAGCUUUCGGGAUUGUUUACAAAGGGGUGAUUUCAAACAAUGUAGCGGUGGCUGUGAAAAAGCUGAGUAGCAUGAUGCAGGACAAGGAGAAGGAGUUCAGAACCGAAGUGAAUGUGAUCGGUCAGACCCAUCACAAGAAUCUGGUCAGAUUGCACGGCUUCUGUGAUGAAGGGCAAGAAAGACUGCUGGUUUAUGAGUUCUUGAGCAACGGCUCGCUGUCAGACCUUCUCUUUGCAGGAGAUCCAAGGUUGAAAACCCCCUGGAAUCUGAGAUGCCAGAUCGCUUUGGGAGUUGCCAGGGGACUAAUGUACUUGCACGAUGAGUGCCCGACGCAGAUCAUCCACUGCGACAUAAAGCCGCAGAACAUCCUCCUCGACAACAAUUGUGUCGCUAAGAUCUCCGAUUUUGGGAUGGCCAAGCUCCUGAUGAUGAACCAGAGCUACACGAAGACGAACGUCCGAGGGACGAGAGGGUAUGUUGCUCCCGAGUGGUUCAGGAACUUGCCCAUCACCGUGAAAGUGGAUGUGUACAGUUUCGGAGUCCUGCUUCUCGAGAUAAUCUCUUGUAGGAGUUGCUUGGCAAGCGAAUCAAGUGGGGAAGAAAGAGAGAUAGACGCCUUGACCGAUUGGGCUUAUGAUCGCUUCAUGGAGGGAAGGUUGGAUGCACUAGUGGAAGGCGACGCACAGGCUCUACGAGACACAGAGAAGCUGAAGAAUCUGGUCAUGGUCGCAUUCUGGUGUAUUCAAGAGGAACCCUCUUUGAGGCCGACGAUGAGGAAGGUGACGCAGAUGCUAGAAGGCGCGGUUGGAGUGCCUGAUCCUCCAUGUCCAUUCCCUUUCAGUAGCUGCAACACUACGAUCGUUCCAUAAAGUCAUGUUGGUUUCCGUUUUCAUACAUAGGGGCUGAACUCUGUGUUCAUUACAUGUUAGUACUCUUAUCGUGCUAUAAUAAGCGUGUUAUUUACUAUUUUGUUGAUUCAAGUUUAGCACGCCAAUUAUAAGAAUCUUGACCAGCCUGAAUAUAUCUGUACGAGAUUUUCUUCCUU